AGAUGAGAGGAAGUUUAUUAAGAGUUAGUGAAGGAGGGAGGGAAGAGGGUUGGAACAAGUGAUGUAAAUAAUGAUGGCGUCGGGCGAGGGACAAGGCGUUUCUGUUGCCCUGAGAACUUUGUUGUGAUACCGACAGCCAUUACGUUGUGUGGGGAAGUGGUGUUGGUGGUGGUGGUCCUAGGCAAGAGUUUGAUCCCAUGAGAGGUAACAAUGUGGUGUAUGGCCGUGCUGGUGGUGGUAAUGACGCUCCUCCACCUCUCUCAACCUUCACUGGAUCUUUACGUCGACUCGGAACACGUCAAGCAGCUACUGGGUGUGAGUUCUCAGCUGUGGUAUGUCCACAACGGAACUGUCAACAAAUAUGCUCUGGGCUACGCUGUGUUGGUGCCACCCCAAGUGAACUCUCUCGCCUUUCGCUGGCAGGCCAUAGAUGGAAAAACGAUGCCGUAUAGCCUGGCCGUUCACAUUAGUAACCCUGAGGCCAUGUCUAAGCCAGUGUACAACAUCAGUGAUCGCGGAGUUGUACCCACACCCUGCUGCCUGGACCUGGUCUUGCCUGUACGGGCAAACUUACUACACAGGUGGAUGUAACUAUAACGCUGCAGGUGGCUAUGAAUGCUUCACUGGCAGAUAUAUCAACACUCACCAUCCUCCGUAAGAAGAUCUGUCUUAGGGACAGUGAGGUGGAAGCAGAUGGAGUGUCGGUGGAGAUGGUGGAGGCGCGUCACUCCACCACCGUGGUGUAUAUUACUCUCGCCUGUCUGGCAGUCUUCCUGGUGGUUGUGGUCGUCCUCGCCAUCGUCAAUCAAAUCAACAAUAAUAAGAACGCUCCUGGCAGAAGACGUGCCGGUAGUAGUCAGAGAUCGGGCGGUGGUCGUCAGGGUAACGUCGGCCUUGCCCAAAGUGUACCUAACAAUCAACGCGGCGGUGCCGACAUUGGCGGUGUUGGCAAAACUUCUCAGUCUUCACUAAGUGAGAUGAGACGGUCUCCUCAGCCAACCAACACAACCACCGCCACAACCACAACCACCACCGGCAGCCCGGAGCCUCAGUACACCGACCCAAGACAAAGUGAUAUAUCUGCUAAGUUGACUGGCUUGAGAGUGGCAAGAGAAUGCUUACAACUGUUGGAGGUGGAGCAGGAGGGCACUUUUGGCAGGGUGUAUCAUGCCCUGUACCAGCCACCAGACCAGUCGCACCCCACUACUGUCACCGUCAAAACUGUCACAGGUGAGUCACACCCCACCACUGUCACCGUCAAGACUGUCACAGGGAAAGUGUCUAGUUUUCAAAAGCCAUUACUGUAUCAGGCUAUGCAACCUCCUUACAGUGACAAUGUCUCAAAAAAAGUCUCUGAAAGAGGAUUUUCAAGACUUACAUGA